ACAUCCAUAAUACGGAGUAAUCAAUAAUUAUUAUUUGUAUGUCUAUGCGUCUAGCCCGCCGUUCAACUGACAUUUAAGUUAAAUGUCAUGGGAUGACAAUUUUAAUCUCUGCCCUUGGAUUUAUCCAUCAUUUUUUAGAUCUAUUUCACCUAAAAUUAACGGAGCCCCUCUGUCUCUGCUUCUCCCGUCUUUAUCUCUCUUCCGCCGGUUCCACUCUUCUCUGCAAUCAAAGCACCGGCCGGCGACGUCUUCCAUCUCGGCGCCCCUGCAUCUCUCCCACGAGGACCAUAUGAAGACGGGACCAACUGAUUCUGUAAAAUACUACUCCGUAGAUUCUAUCAGGAAUCAAACUCAAAUCACCCCUAAAUCAAUUCCAAGUCCUUCACUUUCUAUCAGAUUUAGCAACCAAAAUCCCCUCUACAGAGUUCUUCAAUGGCGUCUUCAUUGGUGCCCUUGCCUGUGACGACCUUAUGCAGUCACAGAUCUUCCAAAUGCCGCAUCUCGAGUUAUCCUCUCCAGCAUCCUCUGCAAAUCCAUCUUCUUCGCCCAUAUACUCGACGAAUCAGUGAUAGGACUAAUUUUAAGAGCUUUCUGCUCUUCGGCCCUUUGGCUUGUCCUCAAAAGCUCAGACCCGUUGCUGCGGGUGAUCCGGAUGUACCUGGGUACAUUGACCAGGGAUCGCAUGACUUGCAAAAUAGUGAUAAAUUUAAGCAGUGGGAUUCAUUAACCGCAAAGUUUGCCGGAGCUGCAAAUGUACCAUUUUUAGUGUUGCAACUUCCUCAAAUCAUACUAAAUGCUCGUAAUAUUAUUGCAAGGAAUAAUUCUGCUCUGUUUGCUGUUCCCUGGCUGGGGAUGCUCACUGGAUUGCUAGGGAAUUUGUCUUUACUAUCAUACUUCAUAAAGAAGAGGGAAAAGGAAGCGGCAGUGGUGCAGGCAUUAGGAGUUGUGUCAAGUUAUGUAGUGAUCUCACAGCUUGCUGUGGCUGGAGCUAUGCCUUUUCCUCAUUUUGUAGCCACAUCAUUCAUUGUUGCUUGCGGUCUUAUUAUAAAUUCUAUGGAUUACUUUCACUUGCUGAACCCUGGAAUAUGGCACUAUUGGGAAGACUUUAUAACCAUUGCAGGUCUCUCCGUACUUCCACAAGUCAUGUGGUCAACCUUCCUCCCAUUGGUUCCAAACACAAUCUUGCCGGGUGGAAUAUCUUUUGUAGUUGCAGUGACAGUUGUGCUUAUGGCUCGGAUGGGUAAGCUGCCAGAGAAAGGUGUGGAGUUUGUUGCAUUACUUUCUGCAUGGACUGCAACACUUCUUUUCAUGUGGAUGCCAGUUGCACAAAUGUGGACAAAUCUCCUUAAUCCUGAUAACAUUAAAGGAUUAUCGGCUGUCUCAAUGUUGCUGGCCAUGAUUGGUAAUGGACUAAUGAUUCCUCGGGCACUCCUCACUCGGGAUUUCAUGUGGUUCACUGGUUCAAGUUGGGCGUGCAUAUUUUAUGGAUGGGGAAAUCUUUUUUGCUUGUACAGUUUUGAAGUCAUUCGCAGGGAGUUUUUCUUGUCAGCUACAACGGGGUUCAUAGCAUGGAUAAUUAUGGCCUUCUGGAAAGAUAUGCUGGUUUAUGGAUACAACUCCCCCUUGACAUCCCUCAAGAACUUGGUUUCGGGCUCCAGGUAAAUAACUGCUGGUGCCUUCCUACAGUCUUAUCCUUGGCGGCGUCCUCUCACAGGCCAUGCCAAGCCAUUCUGCUGAAGCAAAAGAUGCUUGCCCGGAAUGACAGAACGGACGACAAUGGACUUGAGCAUAUACAAUUUGGGCAGCUUAUUUUCAGGGGUGCCCGGUGCCCGCCCUACUCAACAACCACUGGUCGGGUUUGGCCAUAACUUUUGUGUAUAUAUAUAUAUAUAUAUAUAUCGGUAUACAUCCCCCCAGCAUCUCUUGUGUUGUUGGUGAAGUUAUGUUUCCGUUUUAUUUGGUUUCAAAUAAGUGUUGUGCACAUAUUCAGUGUGUUAUUUGUGGAUUAGAAACUUGGGAAUAU